UUCAUGAAAGAGUAGCUGGUGCUGCAGCGAGGCAGUUUGAUUUGUUCUCUGAUGCAUCAUGAAGCUGCUUGCCGUCCUUCCAUUGUGGGCCCUGUUCACUGUCACCCAGCAGAAAGCACCGUCAGAUGACUGUCGGUGUGAGCUGAUAAGCUCAGAGAAACAAUUUCCCUACGACAAGCUAAAAGCAGCACAGGAUGCCGCUUUAGGCUGCACAAACACCAUCACUCCAAAGAAGAGUGCUGCCUUAGACAGCCUGCUGCUGGGCCUGAGUCGACGCCUGCCCCAGCUGGAGCAGGACGUAGCGAUGCUGGAAAAGGAGGAUGAUGGACAGCUGUUCGGAGUCCUGAGUCUGCACGUCAUCGAGAACGAGCUCGCAGAGAUCCAGCAGAUGAUUGAUAAGCUCAACAGAACCACCACAGAGAGCGACCACCUCAGUGAAAACGUAGCUCAGCAGUUGGAGAAUGUAAAGGAAGAGAUGGAGGAGCUGGAAAAAUUUGACACCAUGCAGGUGGUGAAGAGACAACAAGCCAACCAGCGACUGAAGAGAGACCUGGACCAGUGCAGAAACAAUGAAGUUAUCCCCACUAUCCAACCUGCUCAGCCAAUUGGUGGCACCUGUCGUCUCGUCAACAUCACCGGACCAAGGGUCCACACAGCUGGAGAGUAUCCCGGUUCGUACAAGUAUGGAGCCUGGGGUCGGGAUCCCAAACCAGAGCCGGGGAAGGAGAGCUGGCAUUGGAGGGUGAUGUUGACGUCCAGCAACAGAUACGCUCAUUACGUCCGUCUCUACUCCAGCCUGAGCUCUCUCAUUGUUGGUAUCAGUGUUCCAGGAAAUGUUCAGAUCCAUCCGUCUAACCCGACCACCAACACCAUCCAGGGGCCGAAUGUGGUUCUGUAUGCAGGGGCCUUGUACUACAACUGCUACAACAAAGAUGCAGUUUGUCGAUUCAACCUCACCUCCAAAGGUGUGACCUCCUUGGAUUUACCCAAAGGAACCAGGUACAACUCAAAGGGUGAUUUCUGCCACCUUGAAGAGUGCUAUCCGUUCACGGACCUGGACCUGGCCACAGACGAGUCGGGUGUCUGGGUGGUCUACACCACCACCCAGGACCACGGGAACCUGGUUCUAUCGAAGGUGGAGGAGAGUGAGCCGCCGAAGCUCAGCAGAACCUGGCGGACUUCAGUCUACAAGCGAAGCGUGACCAACACCUUCAUGGCCUGUGGCGUCCUCUAUGCUACACGUUUUGUCAGCAAAAACACAGAGGAGAUCUUUUAUUCUUUUGAUACGAUGACAGGAAAGGAGAAUUUCAAAGUUGGCAUCUUCAUAAAUAAGGUGUCUUCUGACAUUCUGUCCUUGAACUACAGUCCAGUGGACCAGAUGUUGCAUGUGUACAGUGAUGCCCAAAUGCUCUCUUACAAGGUUUUGUUUCAAAUGAGGUAAAAGCAGCAGUAAUGCUGAAUAAGUGCCAGAAAGCACUGCGCUAAUCUGAAAAUUCAUCUUCUUUAUGUCUUAAAAAAUGUUUUCUUUUUAAAAGUGACCUUCCUUCUGCUUUCCAGUUUCAUCAACUAAUGUCAUCUCCUUAAUGUCUGAUUUAUUUGAAAUGAAAACAGAACUUUUCUUGUCAUAGCCUGUAAUCUCAGCCAGAAAUUAUCUGAGAGGGUAAAUGACAUUUAGUCAAAAUUAUCACACUUUAUAUUAUUAGAUUUAGAGCUAGAUCUGGGAUGCCAGGACCAUUUUCUGUCCUCAAGAUGAUUUUUACAGUCAGUUGAUGCAGGUUGACAAAGUGUCCAAAUAAUUUUCACUCCUGAAAUCCUUCUCAAGAAAAGAAAUAUCAGAUUGAAAGGGUCUGAAUAAAAAUCUACAGCAAA